UAACGAUAUUAAAAUCUGAUCGGAGCCUUUGAUACUUGUAAAUAUGUGUAUAUUUGUAAAUGUAUUGAAUAAUACCUCUUCUAAUCCCUUUUGUAUCAUGAAAUCAUCCAAUAAUUCGAUAGAGAUUAUAUAGGCGUAUGUUGUAGGAAUAUAUAAGAAUUCAUUUAAGUAUUUAUACGGAUAAAUGUAGAAUGUCUGUGUUUGAACAAAAUAUCAUGACAAAAGUAUAUCUUGAUGACACUGAUGUUUUGAUAGCAAAUGUCAUAAAUUCUGAAUACAUUGAUGGCCAUACCGAGUAUAUAAUAAGAGUUCAAAAAGAACAUUGUCCAGAGGGUAAGUGGUAUGUUAAAAGGAGGUAUAAUGAUUUUUUGGCUCUGCACCAGGCAAUACAAGCCUCAGGCUUACCUCUUGACUUUCCUCCUAAGAAAUAUAUUGGGAACUUGAAUCAAAAAUUUAUUUUUGAAAGGCAAACAGCUCUACAGGUAUAUUUGGAUGAAGUUAUGGUAAUUCCAAUAUUAGCAUUAUCAUUUGAGUUGAAAAAAUUCCUUGAUCCAUUCAACUAUAAAAAUGUCAGCAGGGAAUCAGUUCUAAGUGAAUUACGUGUUUGUGUCAGAAGUGAUGUAGACAUAAAAUUUGUAAAGCAGUUACCACAAUUAGGAUGGAGGUUUCGCAAGCAAUCAUUUAUUGUUUCUUUGAAAAAUGUUCCAAAAAAAGAAUAUAUUCUUCAUUGGAUCCCAUUUGGCCCUGACAAAUAUUUAGAUGAUGAAGAUCUUUGGUCAGUUAUUAAGUCAUUCACUUCACUGCAGCAUGUCAAUAUUGUCAAAAUAGAGAAGGCUGGUGUAUGUAGAGGAGGUGGUUGGAUUAUACAAGAUAUAAAAGGUGAAACUCUAAAGGAUAAAUUAUUUGAAGUCAAAGAUCCUCUUAACACUUCUGCUUUAAAGAAAUAUGCUAAUGAAAGUAAAAAAAAAACUUUAUCUGUUAAUGAAGUUAUAGAAAUUUCAUCCCAAAUUUUACAAGCUAUUGCCUUUCUUCAUCACAAAGGUAUCCCAUAUGGUCAUUUGCAUAUUGGGAACAUAUUGUUAGAUGGAAAUUCUGUUAAACUGUUUGGAAUUGAAAAUACAUUAUUUGGUUUACCAUUUUAUUAUAGAAAUUAUUUAAUAAACUGUAGAUGUAUUGAUUCAUUAAAGUCUGUUGAUGUUUAUUGUUUUGGAUUGACCCUGUAUGAAAUGUUGUUUGUGAAACCAUUUUCUAAGGAUAUUCCUGAGAACUGUCCACCUGAUUUAAAAAACGUUUUGGAAACAAUUUUGAUUUCAAAAGUUGCUAAAAAUAGUUUGCCUACAAUCAAAGACCUUCUAAAUUUACCUAUCUUCAGAAGACCACCUCCAAAUCCCCAACCUUAUUUUAAAAUAUUACAAAAUGUUUUGGAGAAACUAUCAGUAACAUCUGGUAAUACGAUGGCUCGUCUUAAAUUGGACAGUGAAAAGGCUCGUGAACAUAAGAAAGCUAAAACAGUAUUGCGAUUAUUAACUGAAAAAGUAGAUGUGUUACCAUCUCUUCCGAUGCCUCAGACAUGAAAAUUGAAAGGGCAGGAAGAGGAAUAAUUUAGUAAAGUAAAAACAAAAUUAUUUAGAAGGAAAAUGUGACAAGAAAAGGUGAACCAAAUGGACUUAGUACCUGAUCAUUAUUUUAUGGGAGCUUUGUUUUCUACUUAAGCCAUGAUAAUGUAUUUUAUAUUCUCAUUAAAAUUAGUUGCAAAGUGAUAUAGUCUAAAGUUUAGUCAAAUUAUUUUUUCUAGAAUAGCACUCACAAUUACCUACCUUAUUGGGACUAUUUAAAACAUUAUUCCUGUUAUCAAAUUUAUUUAUAUUUUUGUUAUAUGAUCAUUAUAAUGCAUUUAAAUUUCUGUUCAGUUUCUGAGUUUUUCUUAACAAAUUUCUUAAAUCAAAUAUAUGUUGAUUACUCAGAAGUUACCAUUUAUUUCACGUAGUAUUUUUAAUUAGUGACUGUGUUUAAUGUUUGUUAUGACUUACAUGAUUAUUAAUAUCUGUCAAUCUUGAAAAAUUAAGUUCAGCUACCAAUGGCCUUAAGACAUUAUUUAAAUUGUUUUACAAUUUUCAUUUUUAUAACUAUUUUGAUGUACUUCAACAGAGGUUUAUUAAUUUAAAUACAUUAUAUGAGAAGGAGUUGGUCGGAGAGUGCGGUCAAAUAAAUACUAAAUUUUAAAUUAUAGUAUUUUUAAUUAUUAUGCCUAAUAAUUACGCCGAGGCGU